AAGAGCGAUAUUUUUUAUUAGUAGAGUAGAGUCUCCCCUACACACUUACUAUAUUUUUCAAAUCCAUCUUUCAAAAGUAUGCCACCACCAGCACCACUAACACACUACUGCACAUUCACAUUUACUCUACUUUUUUCCUUGGAUUUUCUUCGAAUUUUCCACACUGAAAACGUCGUCUCUCCUCACGAUGAAGAAACCAAAUAAAUGGACGAGAUAAGCCCCGUUCUGGAAGAGCCCCCUCCUCCUCCCGCACCACCACCACCCUUAUCAACCAACCGUCGAAAACGGCACCAUCGUCACCGUCCUAAUCGAAGGAUGACCCCACCGCCUUAUAACAAUUCCCCACAAAUAGAGACCCACUCUCGAGAAAGGGUCUUCCUAAAAACCUGUUGCGAUGGUUCCUCCGGUGGGAUUAGGUGGUUCAUUGUGGUUAUUUUUUUAAUCGGUGUAGGGUGCAGUGUGAGCGGGGGGUGGUGGGGGCGGGGUCAAGUAGUGGUGGUGGGAAUGGUGGGACAGGGUCCAGGGAGGGAUUCACACUCAGUUUGUUGAUGAUUGGCGUCGGCAUCGUCCUCCUCACGGUCUCCGCCAUCGCUUGGAAGAUGACCUCCCCAGCACCCACUCCCACGACGUCCGACCGCUGUUGUGCCAUUUUCACCCGUUUCCUCACCAACCCCAGUGACCAUCAUCGUCACCAACAAGCUCAAGAGAACUAUGCGGCCUUCUCCACCUCAACUUUUCCCCCACCCCCACCACCCUCCCUCCUCCCAAACAGAGAACCCCCACCCUCCUACGCGGCCUCCAUGCAGGAGUACAGACUGAGACUGCUCCUCUACGAGAGGUCAAAUCCCACGGGGUUCCUGCCCUAUUUUAACAAUCCUCCGCCGCCUUACUAUCUCAUGCACCAAGCGCAGCAAGUGGCGCAGCAGCAGAAUAGGAGAAUAAUCCACCACAUCCCGCACCACCACCACCCCAUCCCCCACCACUUCAUCCCCCCUACCCCCUGUAUCAGUACCCACCCCCACCCCUACUACACCAUCCUUUACCACCACCCCUCCCCCCAGCAACCUCCCGACCCCCGAGUUACCGGUCGAGGUCGUCUAAUUUAGAGGAGGACCCGCCACCUCCUCUCACUCCUCCGCUGACUCAACAGCCAGCGGGAAACAGCACCAUGGCGACGACGCACCAUGCCAGGUCCUCCUCUUUGCUCUCCACCGAGCCAGGAGGGAGCACGACAACGACGGUGGUCACCGUUUUGCACACCCACUCCGACCCCACCACGGAAAAAAAGGACAACAAUUUAAUUACUAUAGUCCAGACGAGCGACUCGAGCCAGGUCAACUGUCAACAGGGGAGCUCUGUUAUCGUCACGGUGAAUAAUGGUGGUGGGACGAGUGUGGGAUCGGUGGGUGGGGGUUCCUGGGCCUGUGGGAACUGUGAGGGAGGGGGAGACUUGUGUUAUUGCCAGCAGCAGCAGGCGCAGCAACAGCAAGUUGUCCUGGCGCAUUUGUAACUUUUUUACUGAAUGGAGAGAAAAAUAUAUUUUUUAUGAGGAGUAA